UGUCAGAGCCCCAGCCAUUAACGAAAGGGCUGGGGAGAGAAGCCAGCUGUUUUCAGGAACUUGCCUUUAAUAGGAGAGCAGAGACCAGGGAGGCCAGGCAGGUGCCCUACUGGCUCCAGCAUGUGGACACUGAGGUUCCGAAAGGUGAAGUGAUUUAUCCAAGGUCACAAAGCUGGAGAGCACCGAGCUGGCACCAUGGCGGGCCUGGGGACCUGGAGCCUGACCGGAGCUGCCCUCAUCAUCCUGCUGCUCCCCAGAAGCCUGGAGGAGUGCGGGCACAUCAGCCUUUCAGCCUCCAUCGUCCGCCUAGGAGAUCCCAUCACAGCCUCCUGCAUCAUCAACCAGAACUGUAGCCACCUGGGCCCGGACUCACAGAUUCUUUGGAAAUUGGGAGCAGAGCUUCAACCUGGGGGCAGGCAGCAGCGUCUGGCAGAUGGGACCCAGAAAUCCACCAUCACCCUGCCCCACGUCAACCACCCUUGGAACACUCUCUCCUGCUGUGUGCGCUGGGGCAACAGCCUGCAGAUCCUGGACCAGGCUGAGCUGCAGGCAGGCAACCCUCCUGCCAAACCCCACAACCUGUCCUGCCUCAUGAACCUCACAACCAACAGCCUUAUCUGCCAGUGGGAACCAGGACCUGACAGCCACCUGUCCACCAACUUCACCCUAAAGAGUUUCAAGAGCCGGGACAAAUGCCAGACUGAAGAGGACUCCAUCCUGGACUGUGUGCCUGCGGAGGCACAGAGCCGCUGCUCUAUCCCACGUAAACACCUGCAGCUGUACCAGAGUAUGAGCAUCUGGGUGCAGGCAGAGAAUGCACUGGGGACCAGCAGGUCCCCGCAGCUGUGCCUUGAUCCCAUGGAUGUUGUCAAACUGGAGCCCCCAACACUGUGGGCCCUGGCCUCGCCCCAGCCACACUGCCUGCAGUUGAGCUGGAAGAUGUGGAAGUCAAGCCUCUACAUAGAACAGAAGUGUGAGCUGCGCCACCAGCCACAGCUUGGAGAAGCCAGCUGGGCCUUGGUGGACUCCCUGCCCUCCAACACCUUCCAGCAUGAGCUCUGUGGGCUCCUCCCAUCCACAGCCUACGUCCUGCAGAUGCGCUGCAUCCGCUGGCCCCUGCCUGGCCACUGGAGCGACUGGAGCCCCAGGCUGGAGCUGACCACCGCACAACAGGCUCCCAUUGUCAGACUGGACACCUGGUGGCGGCAGAGGCAGCUGGACGCCAGGACAGUGGAUGUGCAGCUAUUCUGGAAGCCAGUGCCUCUGGUAGAAGACAGUGGACAAAUCCAAGGGUACCUGGUCUUCUGGAAACCCUCAGGCCAGGAUGGGGCAGCCAGGAAGCUACCUCUCUGCAACACCACAGAGCUAAACUGCACCUUCCACUUGCCUUCAGAAGCCCAGGAGGUGGAGCUUGUGGCCUAUAAUACAGCUGGGACCUCUCAUCCCACGCCAGUGGUCUUCUUGGAUAGCAGAGGCCCACCCCUGGUCAGACUCUACACCAUGGCCCGAGAUCCUCACAGUGUCUGGGUAGGCUGGGAGCCCCCCAACCCUCAGCCUCGCGCCUAUGUGAUCGAGUGGGGCCUGGGUCCUCCCAGUCCCAGCAGCAGCAAUAAAAACUGGAGAAUGGAGCAUAAUGGGAGCAUUUCAGGGACCCUGCUGGAGGACAACAUCAGGCCCUUCCAGCUCUAUGAGAUCACUGUGACACCCCUGUACCAGGACACCAUUGGACCCUCCCAGCACAUCUAUGCCUACUCCCAAGAGAUGGCCCCCUCUCAGACCCCAGAGCUGCACCUAAGGCACAUUGGCAAGACCUGGGCCCAGCUGGAGUGGGUGCCCCAGGCCCCUGAGCUGGGGAAGAGCCCCUUUACCCACUACACCAUCUUCUGGACCAAUGCUCAGGACCAGUCCUUCUCCACUGUCCUGAAUGCCUCCUCCCAUGGCUGGGUCCUUCGAGGCCUGGAGCCUGGCAGCUUGUACCACGUCCACCUCAUGGCUGCCAGCCAGGCCGGGGCCAUCAACAGUACAAGCCUCACCCUGAUGACCUUGGCGCUAGAGGAGUCAGAGAUGCACAUCCUCCUAGGCCUGUUUGGCCUCCUGCUCUCAGUCAUUUGCCUCUGUGGGGCUGCCAAAUUCUGCUGCAGACCCAGCAGGAAGAAUCCCCUCUGGCCAAGUGUCCCAGACCCAGCCCACAGCAGCCUGGGCUCCUGGGUGCCUACCAUCACGGUGGAGGAGACCUUCCAGCUGCCCAGCCUUCGGGACCCCGGCAUGCCACCCAUCACCAAGAUCACAGUGCUGGAGGAAGAAGAGAAGAAGCCAGGGCCCUGGGAGUCCAAUGACAGCUCCGGGACCUGUGGCCUCCCCACCCUGGUCCAGGCCUAUGUGCUCCAGGGGGAUCCAAGAGCACCUUCCACCCAGCCCCAAACCCAGUCUGGUACCAGCGACCAGGUCUUUUAUGGCCAGGUCCUGGGCAGCCCCACAAGCCCAGGGCCAGGGCACUACCUCCGCUGUGACUCAACUCAGCCCCUCUUGGGGGGCUUCACUCCAAGUCCCAAGUCCUAUGAGAACCUCUGGUUCCAGACCAGCCCCCUGGAGACCCCAGAUACCCUAGUCCCAAACCAGGAGGAUGAUUGCGUCUUUGGUCCACUGCUUGACUUCCCCCUCCUGCAGGGGCUCCAGGUCCAUGGGGUGGAGGGGCUGGGGGGCUUCUAGGACUUCCUGGAACUCCCCAGCUGGGCUUGCCUCUUGAAAGUCCUGGGCCCUCCAGAGGAGAGGAGAGGGUCAAUAAGUCUAUCAUGAAAAAACCAUCCAACCCCAGGAAAGGCUCUCAGUAUCCCCCUAUCCCAGGCCCCCCACAUCUCUCCUCUACCCCCCAAUCUCAUGGGGUAGGGCUCCCACCUGAAAGGCAAGAAUGCUUGUCCAGCCCUGCCCACUAGCCUUUUUGUGCUUAUUUUUUGUCUCUUAAACUGGUUUAUGGUUUGGUUUGAAGAAACUCUUGAGUAUG